UGUCAGGAACACGCUGCGACAGAGUCGAAAAAUGAGCAGGAAUCGUAGGCGGAGCUUGCCCUGCAGUACAUCGCCUUCAGAUGAAGAGCAGCCCGCCCAAGUCGAGCAAAAUGGAAAUGGCCAGACAAGUUUGAGAUCCCGAUCUCUGUCCAGCCAAGAGCUCUUGGUCCAAGCUUCGUCGGUCUUUGAAAAUGAGGCACGGACACCGGCACCACAAGUGGUCGAUGUGGCAGUCGGCACUGAAUCAAGAACGGAAAUCCUGGACUGGAGCACAUCAUCUCCGUCCCUCGAUCAGGAUCAGUGGAAUGAAGAAGAUCUAUCUUCGUUUUACGAGGGUUCCAGUCUUCACGAUUUACCCAAAUUUUCCCUCCGAAAUUAUCCCCACAUUUUGGUGGAGCCAACAAAAGGAGCGAAGGAAAGCGAUACAGAUCCCAAAAGUUCGCAGCCGAAAGAGAAUCCCCCAACGUCUACUCCCAUUGAGCCGAUAUCCGAAGUGCCCUUUGAAGAACCCAUUUAUGAGAAGGACCUUUCUCCUGCCAAAGAGCCCACGAAAUUCACAAGACCCCACAUCGAUCGAUUGUCUUCGGUGUCAUCGGAUGUUUCGCCCAGCAGCCUUCACCAGUCUUCCUUUGAGGACGACCCUUCUAUGAAAUUUGCCUCCAUUAAUGAGAUCCUAUCACUCCAGAGAUCCACCAGCUCCUCAGAUCUGUACUAUAAGGAAGAACCACUGAUCACAAAAACUCAAAAGUUCUAUAAAAAAAGAGCUCCCUUGGUCCCUCGAUACGACUCGGAGGACUCAUACGCCAUAAACAAGGAAUUUGUUCCACAGGACGUCAUAGUGGAAACUCUCGGUGUGUCCGAUACGGAAUCGCCGGAUUCGUUCAGCGAAUACGAUGCCGAAAAGCGGAAAAACAGUGAUAUGUGGGACACUGGGAGUAGGAGUAUCGGUUCCAAGGAGUCCUUCACUUUGAGCCGUGCAGGAGGACGACUGGGCUCUGGUAUGGUUUUUGUAAAUCUACAUGGUGAUACCACCAGACGGCGGUUUCGGCUGGGUGAUCAUGGUGCUGUCAUUCCUGGCCCAGCUAAUCAUCGAUGGCCUGAUCUUCACCGUGGGCAUCCUACUGCCAUUUAUGGCCAAGGAUCUGGGCGUGGAGAGGACGGCGGUGCUGUUCGUGGCCAGUGUCCAGAUUGGCUGCUACUUUACCAGUGGAGCAUUCGCCGCGGUGCUAAUAAAUCGGUUUGGUUUCCGGAAGGCUGGCAUCGCCGGGGUACUAUGCUCCUCAUCCGCCAUUAUGGCCUCCGGCUGGAGCGUGAACCUGGUUAUGCUGAUCUGCUUCUACAGCGUUCUUGCGCAGGUGGCAUGUCGUUGAGCCUGAUCUGGGCGAGUUCGCAGCUGAUCGUGGGCUACUAUUUCGAGCGGUAUCGUCCGAUGGCCCACGGCUUCUGCUGCAGUGGCGGUGGCAUUGGGAUAGUGCUCUUUACUUUGCUCAACAGUUGGCUAGUGCCCAUCAUCGGGUGGAGGAACAUGGUCCGGGUGCAGAGCGGACUGGUGCUAUUGAUCCUGCCAAUGGUCAUGUGCUUUGUGGAAGUGGCUCCCACCCAGGUGGGACUGUACCACCACCCGGAUAUCUUGGAGACCAGUUCGGAUGAGUAUUACGGCAACUUCUACGUGCACGACUACCUGCGUCUAUCCACCCAGACCAAUAAGAGUCGCAGUUUCAUGAGCAUGUAUGAGCUGCCUCGCAAAAAGCGGCGAUGCGCCAAGUUCUGUUCCUGCUGCACCGACUGCUGUGGAAAGAGGCACAAGAAGUCAAUGCGCGAAGAGGAGCACAAUCUGCUCAUUCGUCCUGCACCCAUGGAGCGGGAUGAUUUCUUCUACACAGGACCCGCCGAAUACGAAAGGCCACACAGCAAGGAGCGACUGGAGGGCAAGGAGAUCAUCCUGAUGGGAUCCGAUAAGAAUACCCAGCAGGUGAACUAUGGUAUUAAGAAAAUUCACGUAGAAGAAACAAAACAAUCCGACCAUAGCAGUCACCACAGAAUGCAGAGAUGGGAAAAGGUGCCCCCAAAGAAACAAAAUGCCAAGAGCUGGCGAAAUAGCCGGGUUAUGCUCACCCUGGUCAAGCUCUUCGACUAUCAUUUGAUGAAAAACUUCGAGUUCCGGGUGCUGGUCGCUUCCGCUUUUCUGUAUCCGAUGGGCUUCAAUAUUCCCUACGUUUACUCGAGCGCACGCACCACAAUUCCCCGUGAAUAUGCCCAGUUAAUUGGCCCCAUAAUCGGAGCCACCAACUUUUUGAUACGGAACAUUUGUGGGUUUCUGGCUUUUAAGCGGAGUACGUGGACCACCUUCAUCUGUGGCGGCGGCCUGGUUUUCGGCGGAUCUUUCGUCUUCAUUAGCGCCUUCUAUGGUCAGGACUUGAUUUGGUUCCAGUUUCUAUACGGCAUUUGCUACGGUGUGGCACCAGCUGUAUUUGCGACCUUGCGAGGACUAAUUUAUGUGAAGUAUCUGGGCUUGUCCAAGCUGACCAACGCCUUUGGGAUCACCUCCUUGGCCAUGGGAUUAGGUGUCUUUCUUGGCACCUCGGUGGCCGGAGAAAUGGUGGGCAAUACGGGGGACUACACUGCUGCCUUCUGCUUCGCCGGACUGUGCCUCAUGGUGUCGGGAGUACUGAAACUAAUGCUACCCGCGUUAGUGAAGUGCCACUACCGAAAAGCCCAUUGAGGAAUCGGAUU